UUCAGAAAAUAUUUAUCAAGAUGUUCGUGGAAAUAGAGGGCUCUGAGUUGUAGAGAGGCUGGAUAGGCUGGAAUUUCUUUUCACUGGAGUGUUGGAGAUUCAGGGGUGACCCUCAACCUUUUAGAGGUUUAUAAAAUCAUGAGGGGUACAGCUAAAGUGAAUAGCAAGGGUCAUUUCCCUGGGAUGGGGGAGUUCAAAACUGAGGGUGUAUUUUUAAGAUGAGAGGAGCAAGUUUUAAAAAAGGUGAGGGGCAACUUUUUAACACACAGAGUGGUUUGUAUGUUGAAUGAACUGCCACAGGAAAUGCUAUUGGGGACAGUUACGACAUUUAAGAGAUAUUUAGGUAGGUGUAUGAAUCGGAAUGGUUUGGAGGGAUUUGGUCCAAACACAGGCAAUUGGGACUAGUUCAAUUUGGAACAUGGUAGGCUGUUGACCUACAACUAGAAGACAAGUCAAUUGGGGAAUGUCACAAAAAUCUACAAGGAGGGGACACAGAUUAUCAAUUUAAGAGAUGCCAGGUUUAAAGUGGAAGUGAGGAAUUACUUAUUUGAAAGACUUGUGAAUCUGUGGAAUUCACUCCUCUACAGUACCGUGGAUGUAAAGACACUGAAUAAAAUUAACGAGGAUUUAGACAGAUUUUAAAUUAGUACCACAUUAAAGGCAGCAGGCAUGGAAGUGGAGUUGAGGCCCAGAUGAGAUUAGCCAUGAUUUUAUCGAAUUGUAGAGCACACUCAAGGGGCUGAAUGGCCCACUCUUGCUCCUCGCUGCUGAGGUGCUCAUAUGAAUAUGAAUGGGGGUGGUUAGUGUGGAAAAGUGUAAUUGGAGACGAGCAGGGAUUUGAAGCGUCUGUGGCUUGGUGCUUAGCAUGACAUGGUUAUCUGGGCUGGGAGUGCGAGGGGACUAGAUUGAAGUUGCCGGAAGUUUCUCAGUGAUUACAGCAAACUGCAGUCAGACAUGUAUAGCCUGUGAGAAAGAGAGCGACCGCGAAUGAGCCUUUGCCUGGUAUAGCCUGUGAGAAAGAGAGAGACCUUUGCCUGCCAGCUAAUCUCUCGCGCAGAGCUGCUGUUCUUUUCCUCUUGUCUGUGAAGAGGUCGAACAGUGACCUCUCAGUGGGUGGUGCAUUGUGCCCAACAUUGACAACGGAUGAAAAGGGGCCUCAGGGAGAAGGUUCUCAUCAGGAAUGACAUGGGGGAGGGUCAAAUUGUCCAGAUUCCUCCUGCAGUCCGGAACUUCUCCUUAGCUGAUAAGCACCACAUCCUGCGUCCAUUCAAUGAACUGCGUGCAUUAGGUGUGGAGAAUGGCUCAUAAUUUUGAGCCAGCAUUGAGCUUGGACUCUGAGUCCCAUCCUCAUCUGGAUGAGCUCCCGAUGUACGAGGAUGAAGUGGAUCACAUCGAAUGGGAAGAGAGCGUAGAUGAGCUCCCCAGUCGUUAUCUCCUAGUCUACAAUAUCAAACCCUUUAAGGAGCAGAAACGACAAGUGUUUAUGAAGGGCGUGCCAGUGACGGUCCAUGUUGAAGGUAUCGAACGCCAUCUGCGAGGGUUUAAGGUUCGGCCAAGCACGGUCUAUAUGAUGAGGAUAACACAUGGAGAUUUCACGUGGACGGUGAAAAAGAAAUUCAAGCACUUUGAAGAAUUGCAUCGAGACCUGAUGAGGCACAAGUUCAAAGUUCGGGUUAUCCAGCAGCCAUUCGCCAGGUUGGCAGCACCUCAGGGGCAGAGACGAGAUACUGGCAUCACCAUGGCAAUGCCCGCCCUUCCCCACCAGCCGGAGUGGGCCUCCAUGAGGCAAGCUUCGAGCAAACAGAAACGCCUAGAAGAAUACCUGAACACGAUGCUUGAGAAAUCCUUCUACAGAAACUAUCACGCAAUGAUGGCCUUCCUGGAUGUUAGUGAACUGUCCUUCAUUCCAGAUUUGGGUCCAAAAGGCCUGGAGGCGAUGAUUGUGAAGCGAUCAGGGGGACACCGAAUUCCUGGGCUAAACUGCUGUGGACGACAUAAAGUCUGCUAUCAAUGGUCAAAGAGGUGGAUUGUCAUUAAGGAUUCCUUCCUUCUGUACAUGAGGCCUUCGAAUGGGGUCAUCUCCUUCGUGCUCCUCUUUGAUAAAGGGUUCAACGUUCAAGUUGGUAGCAAGGAAACAGGCACGAAAUAUGGAGUGAUGAUUGAAAAUCUGUCCAGGACUCUGAUCAUUAAAUGCAGCAGCUAUAGACAGGCAUGUUGGUGGAAACAAGAGAUAACUAAUCUGGCUGAGAGAUAUGGCCAGGAUUUCCUUACAGAGCACCGCUUUGACUCCUUUGUCCCAGCUCGACGUGACAUCCAGGUUCGAUGGUUUGUGAAUGGCAGCGAAUACUUCUCUGCUGUAGCUGAUGCUUUGGAGCAAGCCAAGGAAGAUAUUUUCAUUGCAGAUUGGUGGCUGAGUCCCGAAAUCCACCUCAAGAGACCUGCCAGGAGCAACUACUGGAGACUGGACAUGCUUCUGAAACGCAAGGCAGAACAGGGUGUGAAAAUAUUUGUGCUGUUGUACAAAGAAGUGGAACUUGCCUUGGGCAUUAACAGCGAAUACAGCAAGCGAACUUUGACAGUGCUGCAUUCGAAUAUCACGGUGAUGAGACACCCAGAUCACGUCUCCUCCACUGUGUUGCUCUGGGCUCACCAUGAGAAACUGGUCGUGGUUGAUCAAUCUCUGGCCUUCCUCGGAGGAUUGGACUUGGCCUAUGGCAGGUGGGAUGACCAGGAGUAUCGCCUGACAGACCUGGAAAAUCACCUGGUUCAUAAUCACGGUGUAGAGGAGCAUCAUGAGGAACCUCUGGAUGGUAAGGGUGUACCACUCGAGGUGAAGGAAUGCCAUUCUCGCUGUCAGGCAGACUCUGCAGACUGUAACAUAGCUGGGCAGUUCUGGCUUGGAAAAGACUAUUGUAAUUUCAUUCAGAAGGACUGGGUUGAGUUGGACAAGCCUUUUGAAGACUUUAUUGACCGAAGUGUGACCCCACGUAUGCCAUGGCGUGAUGUUGGUGUAGUUGUCCAUGGUGGAGCAGCACGGGAUGUGGCACGACACUUCAUACAACGAUGGAACUUCACCAAGACAGUGAAGCCAAAGUACAAGCCUUCAUGCUUCCCUUACCUGCUGCCAAAAUCUGUCACCACAGCUGAUGACCUUCAAUUCAUUAUUUCGGGCUCUGUCCCAGUUAAUGCUCAGAUUCUCCGGUCAGUGGAACGUUGGUCUGCGGGUUCCAGUGAAAACUCCAUCUACAAUGCGUACUUGCAUGUGAUUCGUGAUAGUCAGCAUUUCAUAUACAUUGAGAAUCAGUUUUUCAUCACCUGUGCUGAUGAUCGCAGUGUCUAUAAUCAGAUUGGAGAUGUUAUCGUUGAACGAAUCCUCAAAGCCCACAGUACAAAGAGGACAUACCGUGUGUACAUUGUCAUUCCACUGUUACCUGGCUUCCAGGGGGAUGUAUCAACCGGAGGUGGGAAUUCCAUUCAGACGAUCCUGCACUUCACAUUCAGGUCCAUAUGCAGAGGUGAAUAUUCCAUUGUUGAACGUUUAAAAAAACAUAUGGGGGAUGAGUGGGUGAACUACAUCUCAUUUAGUGGACUGCGGACUCACGGGGAACUCAACAACAGCCCAGUUUCGGAGCUCAUUUACAUCCACAGUAAGAUGCUGAUUGCUGAUGAUCGGCAAGUCAUCAUAGGUUCAGCAAACAUCAAUGACCGCAGUAUGUUGGGGAAACGGGACAGUGAGAUGGCUGUUCUUGUGGAAGACACUGAGAUGGAGGCAUCUGUAAUGGAUGGUGAAGAAUACCAAGCUGGAAAGUUUGCCCAUCGCCUCCGACUCCAAUGUUUUAAAGUACACCUUGGCCUGACUGAUGACCAGAUGGCUGAGGUUGAAGAUCCUGUAAGUGACCGAUGUUUCCAGGAGAUCUGGAAUGCCACAGCUACCACUAAUGCAGCCAUUUAUGAUCAGGUUUUUAAAUGUCUCCCCUCGAAUUCUGCUCCAAGCCUGGUGGAGUUGCGAGAGUUUGUGUCUGUGCCUGGCCUCCUGACUGAGGCUCCUGAGAGAGUCCACGAGAAGCUGAGGGGUAUCCGUGGCUACCUUGUUCAGUAUCCGCUCUAUUUCCUGUGCGAGGAGUAUCUUCUUCCACCGCUCAACAGUAAAGAAGGGAUGGUUCCAUUAGAGGUUUGGACUUGAUAACAGUGGAAUGGUGUUAGGCUCUCGCUCUUGAAAAUUCAGGUUGGGACCUCUGGAUCAAUCUUCAUUCCCUUGCGAAUCUGAGGUUCAUGUUUUUAAGGGCCCGUUUUUGGUGGCCAAAUGACCAAUCACCCAUUUGGAGGAGUGGACAGUAGAGUCAGUUACAGGAUGAUUGAUGGGAAUGACUGAAUGGAAAGGCUCCCUUUAGAGGAAUUGAGAGAUCUUUCCUCUCACUUUUGGCAGCUUCCAAAAAAAACAUGUUUUGGAAAAUUGUAAAUGCUGAUGCGAUUGGCUGAGAUUUACUAUAUCUUUUUGGCGGGAGUGUACAAAACACUACGAAGUCAGUUCAACCCAGAAGACUUUGAUCCACAAGGAGCUGGAUUUUGUCCCUUUGAAGUCAUCUCAAUUUCUAUCUGUUACUGCUUUUUGUACUCACUUUUAUAACCUGCAUAUGUAAUUUUUUAAAAAACCUUUUCCAUUAAAUUGCACAGUUAAGGAGGAAGAUUACAUAACCCCGGAGUUCAGCAAGCCGGUCAGAUUAGUUUCAACUAACUCUCAUUUUCCACCACCUCUUUCAGAUAGUAUGGCACUUUGAUGGACAUCAAAAUUUGGAUCUUUGCAAAUACUCACAUGAUUUCACAAGGUUGAUUAGAUUUUAAGAGAGUUGUUUUCCAACUCCUCUUGUGAGAAAGGUAUUUCUGAGAGGCCACUGCCAUUUGUACCAUUCACCAUGUAAAAGGUCACUGACUUGAAGAGUUCCUCAGUAGUGACAGGAGGGAAACACAUUUGUAAUCAAUAUGGCAUAACUUUUGUAUUACAUUUUAAUUAAAAUGCAUUAAUUCCAGAUAGAACAUGACACAAGAUAUUCAAAGAA